GCGGCGGGCAGGAGGACAGCCAUCGGACAUGUACGACGUACAAAUGACGGCGGUGCUGAACCCCCGCGCGUAGACAGCCUUCUUUCGGCGGCACUCGUCGUCAUCUGUGGCGUGUGUACUGUCGUCCAGCAGUGAACAAAAGCGGCUUCUACUGCGGCGUCAACAUCAGGCGUUGGCGGCGCUCAUCAUCAUCUGCUGCGUGCUGGACUCCGACAGGCGAUGGAGAUGGAGCUUCCUGGCGGCGACCAUGCGCUGUGUGAAGAAGAGCGAGGGGCUGUGGCGUUGGUGGUGAUGGCCGUUGUCAUGAACAUGAUGAGCAGCAUGUCGUCGACACACCGGCGAAAUCGUCUGCACUUGCAGAAGCGCAGAGCGUUGUUGCAACGCGUGUUCGAAGCUCCAGAUUCUGUGGCCAUGUCAGAAGCGGUCGUGCAACUGUGCUCGGCACUCUCCGCCGGUAUCUUCCCAUGGGAGAUGCCGCGAUGGUGGAUAAAGCAAAGGACGGGCGGUACUUGGGCGGAUCUUCUCGUGUGCGACGACGCGAGCGACAAUUAUUUCCAUGAGAAGUUGCGUAUGUCAAGGGCAGUGUUCAUGCAGAUCGUCACCGCGUGCGCUGCUUAUGUGGAGAAAAAGGUGACACACUACAGGCUGCCAUUGCCCGUGGAGCAGGUGAUUGCAUUCGCAUUCUACAGGUGGGCUUCCGGGGAGACUUACGAGAGCGGCACGUCAUCAUUCGGCAUUGGAAGGGCGACGGGACUGCAGGUUGUCCGCGACGUGACGUCGACGCUUUUGAAGGCGUACCUGGACUCCAUCAAGUGGCCGGCGGGGCGGAGACGUGUGCAAAUUAUGUGUGCUUUCCGGGAGAAGGGUUUCCCCAACUGCUUCGGUGCAAUCGAUUGCACACACAUCUACAUCGACAAGCCCGCCGGCGCACCGUCGGACCAUUAUUACGACCGAAAGCAUAAGUUUUUUGUCCAAGCGCAGGUUGUCGUGGAUUUGGAUUUGCGUAUCCUGGACGUCCACAUCGGAUACCCGGGCAGUGUUCACGACGUCCGUGUGCUGCACAACUCCCAUUUGUGGAGGCGCGCAGAGAGUGGGGAGUUGUUCGACGCCCCUCCGGAGAAUUUGCCGCACGGCAUCGUCACGCGAGGUUACCUUCUCGGCGACAACGGCUACCCCAUUGCCUGCCCAUGGAUCGUGCAGCCGUACGGAGGAAUCGACCAAGGUCCUGAUGAGGAGCGCUUCGACACGUGACAGAAGGUGGCGAGCGAUUGUGUGGAAAGAGCCUUCGGUCGGUUGAAGUGCAUGACAUUGUGGC